AUGGUCAAACACGUGGAAUCUGCGGAUGAAUUUCUCGCGCUCAAGAAAGCGAGCAAACCGUGCGAUCCUUUCGCGCUCUCGCCGCUGACAAACGCAUCUCUCUCUUUCCAACAACAUUUCGAACAUUUUGAUCUGAUUUUCCCCGACAAGUUAUUGGUGGACUUCACGGCAACCUGGUGCGGCCCGUGCAAAGCGAUCGGCCCGUACUUCGAAGAGCUCGCCGCAAAGUUCCCAGACGUCACGUUCGUGAAAGUAGACGUGGACGAAUUGGACGACGUCGCGGCGUCGUGCGGGAUUUCAGCGAUGCCGACGUUUCAGUUGUACAGCAACGGGGUCAUGGUGAAGGAGAUGUGCGGCGCGGAUAAGGCGAAGUUGGAAGCGUUGGCGAACGAGGCGAAUGAGUUGUAA